GUCCAAGGCAGUUCCCAUGAAUUACUUGUCAGUCAGUCAGUCAGUCUGAGCUUUACAGUUUAUUCUAUAACCAGAACUGUACAUUGGACUGAUUUCAUUAAAGACAUUCUGUUCUAUGGAAUCUGCAGAGGUCUGGACACAGUGAGAAAGAAAGGAAAAAGUUCUACUUUAGAUCUUCCCAUAGACUCAGUCAGUCUGAGUCUACAAGAUCUGAUUGGCUACUUCCAACCACCUGAAGAUCACCUGGACCAUGAAGACAAGCAGAACCGGCUGAGAGCUCUAAAAAACAGACAGAACCUCUUCCAAGAGGAGGGGAUGAUCAGCCUGGUGCUGGAGUGUAUUGAUCGUCUCCAUGUGUACAGCAGUGCAGCUCACUUUGCUGAGGUGGUUGGAAGGGAGGCUGCAGAGGCCUGGAGCUCCAUCCUCAACUCCUUGUAUCAACUGCUGGCUGCACUGAUCCGGGGAAACAGGAAAAACUGUGCUCAGUUUUCUGGCUCUCUGGAUUGGCUGAUAAGCAGACUGGAGCGACUGGAAGCUUCUUCAGGUAUCUUGGAGGUGCUUCAUUGUGUGCUGGUGGAAAGCCCAGAAGCCCUAAACAUAAUCAAAGAAGGACACAUCAAAUCUAUCAUUUCUCUUCUGGACAAGCAUGGACGCAACCAUAAGGUCCUAGACGUGUUGUGUUCACUGUGUGUCUGUAAUGGCGUGGCAGUGCGCUCCAACCAGCACCUGAUCUGUGAUAACCUGCUGCCAGGAAGAGAUCUGCUGCUGCAGACCCGCCUUAUCAACCACGUAAGCAGUAUGCGCCCAAAUAUCUUCUUGGGUGUCAGUGAUGGCUCUGCCCAGUAUAGAAAGUGGUACUAUGAACUUAUUGUGGAUCAGACGGUGCCAUUUGUCACGUCUGAACCCACUCACCUCAGGGUUGGCUGGGCCAACACCAGUGGCUAUGCGCCGUACCCCAGUGGAGGGGAGGGCUGGGGAGGCAAUGGGGUGGGUGACGAUCUCUACUCCUACGGCUUCGAUGGACUUCACCUGUGGUCAGGCUGCAUUGCACGGACUGUUACAUCGCCCAAUCAGCACCUGCUGCGUUCAGAAGAUGUGGUGAGCUGCUGCCUGGACCUGAGCAUUCCCAGCAUCUCCUUCAGGAUCAACGGCCAGCCCGUUCAGGGCAUGUUUGAGAACUUCAACUCAGAGGGACUUUUCUUUCCUGUGGCCAGUUUCUCUGCGGGGGUCAAGGUGCGUUUUCUCCUCGGGGGGCGUCAUGGAGAGUUCAAAUUCCUUCCUCCUUCAGGCUAUGCUCCCUGUUUUGAGGCAGUGUUGCCCAGGGAGAAACUCAAACUGGAGGCCAGCCAGGACCAGACUGUAGCCAGAGACCUGCUAGGACCCACUGUCACUCUGAGCCAGGCCGCAUUCACACCCACACCUGUGGACACCAGCCAGAUUGUUCUGCCAUCUCACUUGGAGAGAAUCAGGGAGAAACUUGCAGAAAACAUCCAUGAACUGUGGGUGAUGAACAAGAUUGAACUGGGCUGGAUGUACGGUGUGGUGCGAGACGAUAACAAGAGGCAGCACCCCUGCUUAGUGGAGUUUUCAAAGCUUCCUGAACAGGAACGAAGCUACAACCUGCAAAUGUCUCUGGAGACUCUAAAAACCUUACUUGCUUUGGGAUGCCAUGUUGGAUUAGCAGAUGAACAUGCUGUUGAAAAAGUAAAGAGCAUGAAACUAUCACCAACGUAUGAGUUGUCCAGUGGCUACAAACCUGCUCCUCUGGACCUGGGUCACAUCAAGCUGACUCCCACACAGGAAGCAAUGGUGGACAAGCUGGCUGAAAAUGCCCACAAUGUCUGGGCAAGAGACCGAAUCCGUCAGGGCUGGACUUAUGGAAUCCAGCAGGAUGUGAAGAACCGGAGAAACCCUCGCCUCGUUCCAUACAUGCUGCUUGAUGAGAGAACCAAAAAGUCUAAUAAAGACAGUCUGAGAGAGGCUGUUAGGACUCUGUUGGGCUAUGGAUACAACCUAGAAGCUCCAGACCAGGAUCAUGCUGCUCAGUCUGACGUCAGCAAUAUGUCUGCAGAGAGAUUUCGCAUUUUCAGAGCGGAGAAGACCUACUGUGUUAACACUGGGAAGUGGUACUUUGAGCUGGAGGUACUGACAGCUGGAGAAAUGAGGGUGGGCUGGGCAAGGCCAGGCUGUCUACCAGACCAGGAGCUGGGAUCUGAUGACCAGGCCUUUGUCUUCGAUGGUUUUAAGUGCACCUAAUUCAGGCUACCACCACCUAUCUCCACUUUGAAAGGAAGCUUAAAGUCUGGUUAACCAAGCACUGGUGCACCGGUUAGUUGAAAAGUCUUUUGUACACUUUGGUCUCCAGGAACUCUUAUACUACUGAUUAACUCUGGCCAGCAGUUUGUCUUUAAGGCAGGUAGGUGUUCACCAUGUCAUGCACUCUAAAAAGUGUUUUUUGGCUGUAGUUCAUCUUAUGGACUUAUUUACAUCUCACUUAAUUCAUUUAGUGU